GUUGUGGGGAGAGAGGGAGGGGGAGAGGCGAGGGGCGUGUUUUCGGGAGGACGCGGGCAGGCCCAGACGCCUCUCCUGGCCCUCUUUUGUCUGGACGCAGGGAGGAGGGCGGGGUCAGGCUGGCUGGAGGUGGAGCUUCAGGCCGAGUAACUCGAGCUGGGCCAGGCCCUGCAGAGAGCGAGAGAGAAGGAGAGAGGGAGAGGGAGGGAGCUAGAGAGGAGUGAGAGAGAGACAGUGGGAGAGCUGCCUGCUCGUUGGUUCACUCUCUAGCUCCACAGAUCAGAGAGGGAGAGCAGCGCUAACGAGAGGGAGAGAGAGAGAGAGAGAGAGAGAGAGGCAGACGGACAGGGGAACGGGACGGCACGGUCUCGCUUACCUGAACCGCGCGGACACCGGACCGGACCGCCACUCCACCGUGACCGGACCGUGACCCUGUUGGGCGGGAGGAAGGUUGGCCGCAGUGCGCUUCUGGAGAGGCCAGGCGGGGGCUCCAGCGGUCCCCCCCCCCCCUCCCUCCCUGGACUGCCUCCUGCCAGGCUGUGGGAACCGGAGACUGAACAGAACAUUCCUGGAUUACUGCGCCGCGUGUUUUGGUAGCUGUUGCUCUCCUCCCUCCCUCCCCCCUUCCUUUCGGCCCUUUGCGCUGGCCGGCUUGUUUUCUUUUUGCUCCCUCUGUACUUUUUAAAGAGGACUGCGCUUCCACGGGCAGUCCUGCCGGGAGGAGAGGGGUGCCGUAACAGGAGCAGGUCACUUUUUUUUCCCCGCGAAGUCCGAAGGUUACCUUUUACGCCGACCGUUACCCGGGGCUCACGCGUUACCACCGGGGCGCUGGCUCUGGGACCCCGGGGCCCGCUGUAGGGCCGGUGGGACCCUUGGUCGCGGGCGCGUUUGGUUUCCAUGGAGAAGCGCGAGGAUGAGCGCGGCCUCUCCUCAUGACGCCCCGCGCUCGGCUGCUGCCCGUGUGCUCGUGGAAACGGCUGCUGCAGGCCGUCGCCUGCGUCGCCCGAACCGCCGACAAGAGUAAAGAGAGCCCUGUGUUUCCAGAGAAGAAGAAAGCCUUCAGUGGAAAUCAUAUGGACGAAGAAAUGAGUCGCCAGACCGCCGCAGCGCUCCCCACAGGAACCUCCAAGUGCCCCCCCUCCCAGCGCGUCCCGGCCCUGUCGGGCACCACGGCCUCCAACAGCGACCUGGCCAGCCUGUUCGAGUGCCCCGUCUGCUUCGACUAUGUCCUCCCGCCCAUCCUGCAGUGCCAGAGCGGCCACCUGGUCUGCAGCAACUGCCGGCCCAAGCUGACCUGCUGCCCCACCUGCCGCGGCCCGCUGGGCUCCAUCCGAAACCUGGCCAUGGAGAAGGUGGCCAACUCGGUGCUGUUCCCCUGCAAGUACGCCUCGUCGGGCUGCGAGGUGACGCUGCCGCACACGGAGAAGGCGGAGCACGAGGAGCUGUGCGAGUUCCGGCCGUACUCCUGCCCCUGCCCCGGGGCGUCCUGCAAGUGGCAGGGCUCGCUGGACGCCGUCAUGCCCCACCUCAUGCACCAGCACAAGUCCAUCACCACGCUGCAGGGCGAGGACAUCGUGUUCCUGGCCACGGACAUCAACCUGCCCGGGGCGGUGGACUGGGUGAUGAUGCAGUCCUGCUUCGGCUUCCACUUCAUGCUGGUGCUGGAGAAGCAGGAGAAGUACGACGGGCACCAGCAGUUCUUCGCCAUCGUGCAGCUCAUCGGCACGCGCAAGCAGGCCGAGAACUUCGCCUACCGCCUGGAGCUGAACGGGCACCGGCGCCGGCUGACCUGGGAGGCCACGCCGCGCUCCAUCCACGAGGGCAUCGCCACGGCCAUCAUGAACAGCGACUGCCUGGUGUUCGACACGUCCAUCGCCCAGCUCUUCGCCGAGAACGGCAACCUGGGCAUCAACGUCACCAUCUCCAUGUGCUGAGGGAGGACUUUGACUUGACUGACAGGUGGACAUGCACAUAUGCACACACACAGAGACGCACACACACGCACGCAAGGGGAUUACCUUGGACUCUUAUCCGUUAAAAAAAGACGUAAAAGAUCUCACACCGCGGGGAAAGUUUGUGUGACGUAUCGAGCGUGCGCCGGCUUUCUGCCGCAGAUUCUCUGCGCUAACCAGAUGUUGCUUCCCAUCUUCUCCACCUCCUUGUGCCAGGGGGCUCCAGCGGCGUGUAGUACAGUGUUUAUGAACAUACGUGGAGGCGUGCUGAAGAACUUGAGCCACCAAUCACAACGAGGCAGGAAACCGGACUACAAACGCUCCACGUCCGUGAAUGUGGAGCUGGGUCUCUGGUUGGCCUGUUGAAUCAGUGUGCCUAGUCGCGCACUUGGUACGUCCAGCAAACCGUUCCCUCAAGUGUCAUUUUCAAUAAAUUAAUUUCAACCUCCAGCUGAAUAUAUAGCUGUGUGAAAUGAUUCUAGUACGGUUAAGCAUUUAUUGUUUUUGUUUAGUUUUUUUCCCGAGGAAAGCGGAAGACGCCCUCGCACACAGAAUAGACACGUGUGUGUGUGUGCGUGUGUGUGUGUGCACUGCAAGGGAGGGGGGAUGGGGGGUUUCAGUUAAUUUUAUUAUUAUAGUACUAUUGUAAUAUUAGAAUGCAUUUGUUUUAGCUGGAGAGAUUCAGCGGUGGUGUCUGAGAAGGACUGUAAAAUAUUGGCGGGGUAGGUGGGUUUUCCUCAAAGAAAAAGAAAAGUUGCAUUUCAAAAUGAAACACUAACUUUUAUGAAAGUUCAGUUUCUUCAGUUUUUAUUUUCCAUUUAUUAUGGGAUGUUCUCACGUGUCAUCCCCCGCCCCCAACCCCCAAGAGGUCCUGCAACUUGAAUUGUGAUUGGCUGAGAUGAAGGGUCUUCUUGAGUCCCAACUGUUUCUGCUUAAACCACUCGAUACCUGCCCAAGAAUGGGGGCCAUUUAUAUUGUAAUAUUAUUAUUACGAUUGUUAUUAUUCAUAUUAUUAUGAUUAUCUUUUUUUUUUUUUUUUUUUUUUUUUUUUUAAGGAAGGUAAAAGCUGUUGUAAAGUUGUGGCUAAUCUUCAGUGUUCGUAGAUUGUAAUGUUCUUCACGCUAUUGUCCCAUGACCUCUUUUUUGUGUUUUUGUUUCUCAUUUUGUCGGUUUGGUCUGUGAGCGAGGUGGAAAGCCAGGCGAACUAAAGCUGCUGAGUACAUCUCUCCGUCUCUCUCGUGCUCUCUCUCUCUGUAUGACUAGUCUUGUCAUUUUAGUUCUUUGUUCCUUUAUUUUUGUUUUAUUUUGCCAUUAAAUAAAUCUAUCUUUUUCAUA